AUGCACCAUGGGACAAGUGAGGGGAAAAGAGGAAGAUAUCCACGUAGCCUGUCUUGCAUGCAUUGUAAUAGUCCUGCCGUGUUUUAUUCUCAAUGUGUGCGGUCAAUUGAAGGAACACUGCUUUCAUUUAAGCGGGUAACGGUGUUCAUAGUGGCGGGUGAGACGGAAUAACCCGCGUUAGUCCUGUUAGCUGUGAGGCAGAGGACUAAAAAAAUGGAGCUGGAAGACGGAGUUGUGUACCAGGACGACCCGGGGACAUCAGCGAUGAUGUCUGAGCGGGUGUCGGGCCUGGCCAACUCCAUCUACCGCGAGUUCGAGCGGCUCAUCGGCAAAUACGACGAGGACGUGGUGAAGGAGCUGAUGCCGCUGGUCGUGGCCGUGCUGGAGAACCUGGACUCGGUGUUCGCGGAGAACCAGGAGCACGAAGUGGAGCUGGAGCUGCUGAAGGAGGACAACGAGCAGCUCAUCACCCAGUACGAGCGGGAGAAAGCGCUGAGGAAACACGCAGAGGAGAAGUUCAUCGAGUUUGAGGACACUCAUGAGCAGGACAAGAAGGACCUGCAGAACCAUCUGGACCGGAUGGAGUCUCACUCCAGACAACUGGAGCUGAAGAUCAGGAACUCCGCAGACCAGAUCGGCAGGUUAGAAGAACGUGAGCUGGAGCUGAAGAAGGAAUAUAACUCCCUCCACCAGAGACACACAGAGAUGAUUCAUAAUUACAUGGAGCAUGUAGAGAGGAUCAAACUGCAGCAGAUCAGUGAGACCUCGGAGUCGAGCGCAGUCGGCCGCGUCAGGAGAGAGCGUCCUCUUUCUCUGGGAGUCUUCCCAGCGUCUGCUGGUACGUCUCUGCUAACCCCGGACCCCCAGGUCAGAUCGGAGACCCUGGGCACAGAGGGCUGGAGGUUCAACGACUCAGCGCAGCCGCGAUCCAACACCAGUCUCAAGGACUUUGUCGACCCCCCAAAGGGAAGGGAGAGUAAGAGUGCGCAGGACUCUUCUUGGGGGAAUUCACUGGCAGACGACUGCAAGGAUGAGCUGUCAGACUUCACCGGCUCCAAGUCGGUCACGCCCAUGUCCACCGCAGCCUCGGACAUGGAGAGGGAAGAUGGGACCACUAAGAGCACCGAGGUGCAGGCUGCACCGGGGACCAGAUCCAUAUCAGUGGGUUUGCCUGAAAAUGAGGACAGCUCAGAUGUGCAGGAUAUUAUUGAGUCCACCCCUGAGCUGGACAUGGAUCUCAUCGGAUACAAGCCCUGCAGUACCCCCACUAAAGGCAUCGAGAACAUGGCAUUUGACCGCAACACAGACUCUCUGUUUGAAGAGCUGUCGUCUGCAGGCACGGGGCUCAUCGGGGACGUGGAUGAAGGAGCCGACCUCCUGGACCUUAGUUUGAUUGGAAUGGGCAAGGAAGUUGAAAAUCUCAUUCAGGAGAAUUCACAGCUGCUUGAGACAAAGAAUGCUCUGAACGUGGUGAACAAAGACCUGAUACUGAAGGUGGACGAGUUGACAUGUGAGAAGGAGAUGCUGCAGGGCGAGCUCGACGCCGUGCUGCAGGCCAAGACCAAGCUGGAGGACAAGAACAGAGAGGUGGAGGAGGAGCUGAAAAAAGUGCGGCUGGAAAUAGAAGAAGUGAAACAGAAAAGUAAAGAUGAAGAAGAUAGUGAUGUCCCUACGGCUCAGAGGAAGCGCUUCACCAGAGUGGAGAUGGCCCGAGUGCUGAUGGAGAGGAACCAGUACAAAGAGAGGCUGAUGGAGCUCCAGGAAGCUGUGCGGUGGACGGAGAUGAUCCGGGCCUCAAGAGAAAACCCAACACUCACAGAGAAGAAGAAAUCCAGCAUCUGGCAGUUCUUCAGCAGACUGUUUAGCUCCUCCUCCAGUUCCCACACCAUCAAGAAGGUGGACUCCCAGUCCAACGUGAAGUACAACUCCCCGGGCAGCCUGGUGAAGAGGAGCAGCACCUUCUCCCAGUUCCCCACGGAGAAGUCCAAGACCUUCGACUUCCUCAAUGAAGAAAAGGAUCAGUGCAGCUCACCGUCUCGUAAGGAGCAGAAGAGAGCUCAGUACAGACAGGUGAAGGCUCACAUGCAGAAGGAGGACGGACGAGUCACUGCACACGGCUGGAGCCUGCCCAGCAAGUACAAGGUGGCCAAUGGUGGACAGGUGGAGAACAAAAUGAACUUACCUGUGCCCGUAUACCUGAGACCUCUGGAGCAGAAAGAUGCUUCUAUGAAGCUGUGGUGUGCUGCAGGAGUCAACAUGUCUGGGGGCAGAACUUCAGAGCUCAGUAAACAGACCAAGGGUUCUCAGAGCAGCCUGGACCAGUUGGAGCAGGAGAGUAAGGAGGAGAAAGGUGAGCAGGAGAAGGAGCUGGUCCUGCAGGAUGAGAUCUCCAGCAGGGUGUGGGUCUGCACCAGCACACACUCCUCCACCAAGGUGAUGGUGCUGGACGCCAGUCAGCCCUCGGACAUCCUGGACAGCUUCUACGCCUGUAACACCCACGUGGUCUGCAUUGCCAGUGUGCCCGGUGUGCUGGAGACGGAUUAUCCCGCAGGUGAGGAGGUACCCCAAGACUUGGAGGCCAGUCAAGGUGACGGGGUGUCUCUGGCUGGCAGUGUGGCCAGUGUGGGCUCAACAGGCAGCGAUGGUGCGCUGGCAGCAGAGGGGACCACCGCCAUCCCCCAGACCGCCUCCCCACGUGUCAGUGCUCAUCCGGCUGAGCACUGCGGCAUCUCCGGCUCAGUGGAGCUCUCCAGAGAGACCAGUCCGGCAGAAGACGGCAUUCCUCCAGCAGAGGAGGCGACAGAGGCGACGGAGGCCAACGCCGGUGUGGGCGAAGAAGGAGAGGAGGACCAGGCAGCGGAUCCAAACCAGCCGGGGAUCUACACCGAGCAUGUGUUCACCGACCCGCUGGGGGUGGGACCCACCGACCCCUCACCUGCUGACACACAGAGGGGCUCUGGGCAGGACGGCGUCACCUCCCUGCCAGAGGACUCGGACCUCUCAGACGGGGAGGUCAUGAGGAUGAGCAGCGCCCUCCCCACCAUGUGGCUGGGAGCUCAGAACGGAUGUCUGUACGUUCACUCGUCUGUGGCUCGAUGGAGAAAGUGUCUGCACGCCAUCAAGCUGAAAGACUCCAUCCUCAGCAUAGUGCAUGUCAAAGGGAGAGUCUUGGUCGCUCUGGCUGACGGGACGUUGGCAAUCUUUCACAGAAGCGUCGCAGACGGUCAGUGGGAUUUAACAAAUUACCACCUGUUGGAUCUGGGUCGGCCUCACCACUCAAUCCGCUGUAUGACGGUCGUCCACGACAAGGUGUGGUGCGGCUACAGGAACAAGAUCUACGUCAUCCAGCCGAAGGCCAUGAGGAUAGAGAAGUCGUUUGACGCUCACCCUCGUAAGGAGAGUCAGGUCCGGCAGCUGGCCUGGGUCGGGGACGGGAUCUGGGUGUCAAUCCGCCUAGAUUCAACUCUACGCUUGUUUCACGCUCACACCUACCAGCACCUUCAGGACGUGGACAUCGAACCCUACGUCAGCAAGAUGUUAGGUACGGGUAAACUGGGCUUCUCCUUCGUGAGGAUCACAGCUCUGGUGGUGUCCUGCAGCCGCCUGUGGGUGGGGACAGGAAAUGGUGUCAUCAUCUCCAUCCCGCUGUCUGAAGCCAACAAGACGACGGGAACUGUGCCAACCUGGCCCGGCAGUGCUGUGCGGGUUUACACUGACGACGGUUCAGACUGUGCCAUGCCAGGCAGCUCCGUGCCGUACUGCUCCAUGGCCCACGCCCAGCUGUGUUUCCAUGGACACCGGGACGCUGUCAAGUUCUUUGUCACCGUUCCAGGUCAGGCGAUGCCCCCUCCAGGCAGCGCAGACUCGGGCUCAGACGAUCCUCCGUCUGAAUCCUCCGACACGGCGACGUCCGAGCCUAAGACAUACCUGGUGAUGAGUGGAGGGGAAGGUUACAUUGACUUUAGAAUGGGUGACGAAGGCGGGGAGUUGGACGGUUUAUCGGAGCCCUCAGCCAACCAGCAGUCAGCUCCCACCAAGGCUGAGCAGAGCCACCUCAUCGUCUGGCAGGUCACGACCUCUCAUGACUGAAAAAAAAAACAAAAAAAACCCACAGACUCUCAACGCCAGGGCCCGCCCACCAAACCCCCCCUGCAUGCCCUCCUCUGAGUUUUUAAUUUCUUAUUACCGAUGGUUCUUAACGCCUGAGUAGUACCACUAAUUUGUAAACAUUAUUUUUAGUUCAUGUUUUGUACAGUUUAUUCUUCAUGAAUCAGAAAAAUAGGCAAAGUGAGGUUGAUGUUGACUUUGAAGAAUCCGUCCGAGCAUCCAGGCGUUCCCGUCUGCGGAGGGAUGCAUGGAGGUGAAGCUGGUGCACGCAGGGAGAAUGGAGACCGAAGGUGUAAGUUUGUUCAGGGGAACGUGUAGACGCUGUAGGAAAAUGAAUUUGGUGUGAAGGAUCAAAGGGAGACGAGUUUUGAAGCAUUGAACAAGGAGCAGGAAGUAUAUUUUUUAUCAAACUUUCUGAACCACAUGUCUGUUAGUGUGUGAGCGUCGGGUGUGUGUCGCUGAAAUCUCCAACAUGUUUAGCAGUUUUAUUAUCAGGUUGUUAAGAUAUCAUGCCUACAAUUCAAAAUGUAGUCAAAGUGUUUGGAGGUUGAUCACUCUACUGUUUAGUCUGACGAAUCAGAAGUCAACGAGACGAGCUUUCUUUCUGCAAAAGCAGGAGGAUGAAACUUUGCUUCUGAGGGUCGUAACUAUAGCGACUGACUCCGGGGCUCAGUAUGCCACAAGAUCUAGUUUAGUGAUGUGAGUAAAGCCCGAGCAGUCUGGGUACUUAAAGGCUUCCAGUUUACUGUACUGAACUGUAGGUUAGCUUUAGCCUGCAUGGAGGAAUCCUGUAUGUUUGUCCAAGUCUGUGUGUGUGUGUGUGUGUGUGUGUGUGCGCCUACUCGGGCGUUUCCAAGCUAAACCCCGUCGUCUGGUGUGUGAGGACAACCUGCCUGUGCCACCAUCGUGGUGCUUCCUCUUUGCUUCAGCUCAUUGGCACUUUAAAUUUUUUUGAAGCGCACCGGUGGAAAUGUAGAAUACACUACUGCUCACUAAUUUUCAUGAAGGGAACAAAAUAUGCAAAGAUUUCUUAGCGAUCAGUCGUCCCGGUAACCAAAGGAGGAGGAGAAACUGAAUUCCUUUGUUUUAUAUUUGAAACAUCUUUUGAGUCGUAUCAUUUUAAAGACAUGUAGGUGCGUUGUCAGGGUUUCAUCCUAAUUUGGAAAAAAGAGUUUAAAAAAGGGAAUCUGGAUUAGGAAAAAAAAAAAUCUUUUAAUGUUGCAGUGUUUUAAGAGUCCGUCCUUGUUUCUGCAUCAUUCCUCAUUUGUGGUUUCAAACAUACAGAGACCCGAAAUGAAACUGUUGUUCCCUUUUUUUGGAGUGUUUUGUAUUCAUAUGUGAGACACGUCGAUGAAGUCAUGACUGUAACAUGAUACCAAUAAUCAGACCGUGUUUUCAUUUGUUUUUAUAUCCGACUACUUCAGUCCAUUUCAAAAAGCAGUCACUUUUUAUUGUGUUUUUUUUUUUUUUUUUUGACCAUUCCAGUAUUUAUUUCUGAUGUUAUGGAGCCGAUUUUUGGUUCAGAAUGUAACUUUCUACAAGAACAAAAAAAAUAUAACAGGAGGCUACUGUAAAGGAAAAUAGUCACUGCGUUGACAUGAUUGUUAAUGAAAUAAAGAAAUUCAUGUCA